CCUUGGGGGGGGUCUCCUUUGCAGCUUCACGAAGUACUUUCCGUCUCUCCCUCCUCACCCCCCACCCCGCUGUCGUCGUCUCCGUUUCUCCCCUUUUCCUCCCCUUCCCCCCCCCGUAUAUUCCAUUCAAAUGGGGAGGGGGCGGUCUACGGCUGUUGUCCCGGUCUUAGGGGUACAUUAAGGGCUGGGGUCGAUCUUUCCCAACAAACCCUAGAGAAGAACCCAUAGAUGACUCCUUCCCUGUGCACCUGCCCCAGUUUCAUGCAGGCUCCCGGGGAAGCUGCUGCUGCUGCUGCGUGAUUGCUGCCCAUUGACUUUGGGACGUCGCGGGAGGGCCGGGCCGGGGCUGGUGCCUGGAGAUGGCGGACACCCGAUCUGUGCACGAAACCAGGUUCGAGGCGGCCGUGAAGGUGAUUCAGAGUUUGCCGAAAAAUGGUUCAUUUCAGCCAACAAAUGAAAUGAUGCUAAAGUUCUACAGCUUCUAUAAACAAGCCACAGAAGGACCCUGCAAUAUCUCAAGACCUGGAUUCUGGGAUCCUAUUGGGAGAUAUAAAUGGGAUGCUUGGAGUUCACUGGGGGAUAUGACCAAAGAAGAGGCUAUGAUUGCAUAUGUUGAAGAAAUGAAAAAGAUUCUUGAGACCAUGCCAAUGACGGAGAAAGUUGAAGAAUUACUCCAUGUAAUAGGUCCAUUCUAUGAAAUUGUAGAGGACAAAAAGAGCAACAGAAGUUCUGAUUUAACCUCAGAUCUUGGCAACGUUCUGUCUUCCACUCCAAAGGUCAAAACUGUAAAUGGGAAAGCUGAAAGCAGUGAUAGUGGAGCUGAAUCUGAGGGAGAAGAGACCCAAGAAGAAGUAAAAGAAACCAAGAAAAGUAAGAAAGUGAUGCCAGAGCCAGCUGACGAUAAAGAUUUGGAAAUUGUUUUCACUAGCGGUUAUGACAAAGACAGCGUUCUCCUAGAUACACCAAAUGAUAUUCAUGCCAGUUCUUCCCUAAAUGGCUCAAGCACUGAAGAAGUAAAAAAUGGGGACCAAAACUUAAAGCAAACUGGACAAACUCCUGUCAGCAUUCAUCAAGGCACAUGUGAUGAUCAUGUUGAAGAUAUUUCAGGAAUUCAGCAUUUGACAAGUGAUUCAGACAGUGAAGUUUACUGUGACUCUAUGGAGCAAUUUGGACAAGAAGAGUCUUCAGAAAUCUUUUCAUCAAGUAAAGGACCAGUUAGAUAUUCAUCUCAUUACUUGGGAGGAGAUCACAGUCAACUAUUGGAAAAUUCUGGUCUUCCUGAAGAAGUUUGCAUUGCCUCAGGAAAUCUCCGAGUUGGAGAAAUGCAGACGAUUGCUAUUGAAGGAAAAGGAGAAGUCAAAUGUGGUGGGGAGGAUGGCAGACCCAGUAGUGGGGCACCCCAGCGAGAGAAAUGUGGUGGAGAGAAGGAGGAAUUCUCUGGCAUGCGGAGGGGGAGAGGCCACCGGAUGCAGCAUUUGGGCGACGGGCUUCACAGUGGACACAUGGGCAGCGGAGGUGACGGGGAACGGCGGGGCUCUGACAGAGGAUGUAGAGGCAGCCUCAAUGAGCAGAUUGCUGUGGCGCUCACGCGCUUGCAGGAGGACAUGAAGAACAUCCUUCAGAGACUGCACACACUGGAGACACUGGCUGCAUCUCAGGCAAAAUCAUCAGCAUUGCAGACUGAUAAUCGGCCUCCCUUGAGACCAUCGUGGUGGCCAUUUGAGAUGUCUCCUAGUGCAUUGACCUUUGCUAUUGUAUGGCCUUUUAUUGCUCAGUGGCUGGUACACUUAUAUUAUCAAAGAAGGAGAAGGAAACUGAACUGAAUGGGGGUGAUUUUGCUUUAUCCAAGACUGCUGGGCCUCAGAGACAUCCGAAUGAAAAGGAGCGUGGUGCGCUCCCAGGAAUCGCAGGCUCCCCAUGACUAGACUUCGCUUUUGUUACGUCAGCAGCCUCAGUGGGGUGGGGUGGUGUUGGGCUUUUGUUCUUUUAGCACUACAAAGAUGUUAUCUUCAAGACUAAAUAAUAUUACUGAUACUUGAAUGAUCAUUCUCAACUAGAUGACAAAUAGCAUAUAUAAAAUUAUCCCACCCUUGGACUUGAAGGACAUUAAAUUAUUAAUUAUUGUUUGGUAACAUAUUUACCUGAUUAUCUCCAAUUGUAGAAACAUGAACUGCUUUUUCAGCACACAGUGAUAAUGAGACCAGAUUUUUGUUGGCAUUUUGAUUUGGGUUUUUUGGUUAUGAACUAAUGGUGGGGAUGGGAGUGGGAGAGGAGGAUGUGACUCAGGGGCAAAAACCUAGAUGUCAAAUGAAAAUAAAUUGACUUAUCUUAGUCCCUGAAUUACUAUGGCGAAGGACACGUUGCCAAAGAAAGCUAUUUCAGAGUUCACUUUGUGGACUGCAGAGUGCUUCCUUAUCCAAACAUGGGGGGCAUUUAAAACCCUGAUCUUGAUUUUGGCAUCUUCCUUCACUACAUAGGUGGGUUCCAGUGCUCCCCCCCCCGGCCAGAGUGGAAGUGACUUCCGUCGUACUCAGAUCUUUUGGUUUCUAGAAACAGUUCAAGGGAGGUGCAUGUCCUGCGUGAUAGAAGUGAUGAGUUGGGCUUGAUGUUUCAGAGUAUAGACUGAUGCUGCAAUGUACAAAUAAUAGUUUGAUUCAACCACCUAUACGUAUUCCUUGGUAAUCACUUUCUUUAGGGGAAGUACUAGUUUAUGCACGGGGUGCUUUGAAAUAUAAAACAAAAACUUAUUUAUACUGGUCUUUUUUUUUUUAACAAAGUACAGAAAACUCAUGACUUAACAGUUGCUCAACAGAUGAUUUCAGUAAUUCAUGUUGCCAUGAAUAAAUCACUUAACCUCUUAGUGCCUCAGUUUACCCACCUGGGGAUAAUAUUUGCAAUGUACCUAACCACAGGGAUGUUGUGAAGAUAACGUGAGAUAUUAGGCAUCUGGCUGCCAAUGAUUAAACUAUACCUCAAGUGACAGAAACUUUCAAAGGCAUGGCAAUGUUUGGGUUUUGAGGACAGAAGGAUUUGAAUUGGUGCCCUGGGAAGCCCUCCUUUGGGAAUGAUUACUUUUAUGUACAAAAUGAUCCUUGUGACAGGAAAAGACCUUGGCUCAUUCUACUAGCAUGUGCUUUAAGAAUCACUGAUAAAGUCAUGGUGUCACAUAUUUACAUCAGAAAAAUGAUACCCGGCACAGCAGAGUGCUAUACUGAGGACAGUGUAUUUUUAAUCAGAAAAACUAAUCUAACCCUAAUUCACAAGGAUGGCCUUUUUCUAGAGGGAAAAUAUAUAUUUUUAACAGGCAUUGCCAAGUCCUUCCUUUUCCUUACGUAUCCCUAAGCUUUUUCUUUUAUCCCAUCUUUGUGAAAGGGAUUGAUUGCUAACAUCUGCCUAAGAAGCAAACAAGCAAAAAUUACCUUAACUUUCUGAGAAAAAAUAAAAGGUCACUGAAUUGCAUAUGGAAAAGAUCAAACCUAUAUAGAUGAAGUAGCUGUAAAACUUUAUUUUCAAAAAGGGUAGUAAAAUUAGGGGCUUCUCUUAGUGUGAUGGGGGACACAAAUGACCUUUUUGGCUAGUUUAAUCAGACUUUUCGAAUGUAAGCAGCUGUGAUCAACUGCAGGUAGUCCAGGGGUUGUCAUCUCUUGGGGUUAAUACUUUCUAUCCUGUCCCAAAAUCUUAUUUUGUAGUUUGAAAAGCACUUUGCACACAGCUCUUGUAUAUAAAAAACAAAGAUGUAAUUUUAGGAUUUAAUGUUCAUGCUUUGUUUAACAAAACCUGAUUUUAAAUUGACAAUGGUAUUUUUUUUAAUGAAAUAUUUCUUCUCUUCAGUUUCUUUACUGUAAAGCUGAGUACAAAAUAAAACCAGUAAUGAGAAAUUA